AUGAACUUCAUACUGUUGAGUUCUUUGCUUGUUUUGACACUAUGGAAUGUAUAUUGCAUCGAUGAAUCUGUUAUAACUCGAAAACCGGUGUUUACUGAAUAUCCAAGGGAUGCUUUCCCACUUCAUCGUCAACAGCUGAGGUUGUUUUGUCGUGCCGACGGUGAACCUGUAGUUUCGAUAACAUGGUAUAAAGAUGGGAAAGUUGUUGAGACACAGAGAGAUAAGCCAGGCACUUCAAACAGAAUCACAAAACCCGGUGAGUUGCUUUUCCUGUCCUUCAGUGUUGAAGAUGAGGGUCAAUAUUACUGCAACGCAUCUAAUAUUCAUGGUUGGACUCGAUCUCCUUCUGCCCUUGUUAAGGCCGCAUUUUUCGACGCUAGUGGUGCAUCCGGCCCGGAAAGCAAAUCUGCUAAUCUCGGUCAGACUAUUUUGUUGGAAUGUACUCCACCUGCUGGAUUACCGGUACCGGCUGUUCAUUGGAAACAUAAUAACCAGAAAAUUAUUGACAGUUCGCGGAUAAGGAUCAUGGGAAGUGGUUUGAGAAUCGAGGCAGCUAGACGUCAAGAUGCUGGUUCAUACCAGUGUCUGGCUGAUAAUUCUGCUGGCCGUUGGGAAAGUAAAUCUGCUACACUUACUGUUCGUCGUAAGCCACGUUUCAAGUUUACUCCCAUGAGCAAACAAGCUGUCGUCGGGGAUGCUGUUGAGUUUCAGUGUUUGGCCUCCGAAGAUCCUAAUUCUACGAUUCUGUGGAGACGGGAGGGCAAUAAAAUCAUCCAGGCUUCAUUGAUUGAUCGGAAAACACUUCGAAUAGAGCACGUUAAGCUAUCUGAUGCUGGUGACUACAUUUGCGAGGCCAAAAAUGUUGCUGGUAAUGUUGAAGCUGUCGCUCAUCUGUCCGUGGUUUCACCACCAAUUUUUGUUAUUACUCCUGAGGAUAAAACAGUCCCACUUGGUAGCCAGGUCUCAUUUGAUUGCUUGACUUCUGGUUCUCCACCACCCAGUGUCAGAUGGCUGCACAAUAAGUUCUCUUUCUGGGUUCCGAAGCCUAAUGAAAAACCCAUACAAGCAGGCAGGUUUCAGAUAUUUCCUAAUGGAACACUGUCAAUAAACUCAACUUUGCUGUCCGAUGUCGGGUUGUUCGAAUGUAAAGCAUCUCAAAAAGCCGGUAUCGUCAAAUCAUCAGCUCAGCUACUUGUUGAGACCUCUGGUGUGAUAUCUCUUCCACUUAUUGAGGUGGGUCCUCAAAAUCGAACACUAUAUCAAGGCAUGAUCGCAACUUUGCCAUGUCAUUCAACUGUUCUUCAGUACACUUUGCGGGCUUCAAACUCACUGGUUCAUUCCAGUGUUGAUACGUUUACACCUAUUGUUACACAGUGGUUUUUUAAUGGUUCUACUCUCUCAUCUAACUCUAAUCCCCGAGUUGUGAUAUUAAACUCUGGAUCACUUCAGAUAAAUGCCUUACGUGUGUCUGACACAGGCUUAUACACAUGUGAGGUGGAGAUUCAGGACUUCUCUGCUCCUUUUUUACGACGUUCUACAUCAUCAACCUCUUUCUUGCAAAUAAUUCAGAGUGGGUCUUCUGAGAGCAGCAUGUAUCUCCCGUCUGGAGAAGAAAAUGAGAUGUUGUUACCUGAUCCUCCAAAGGAUGUUAGAGUUACAAGUAUUGGUGAUACUUGGGUUUUGCUAGAAUUAGCUGAUGAUCAGUCUAAUAUGCAUACAAUACACAGGCGUGACAUCACCUCAGGCGUCUUCAGAACUGGUUUGCAAGUUGAAGCAGCAGAGUUCAAUGCUUCUAGUGGUUGGCGCAUAAUGGAAUCUUCUGUUACAUCUACUUCAGUUCAUGUAAACGGAUUAUUACCACAAACCGGCUACCAUUUCCUUGUCCGCUACAUCAAUCGUUAUGGAGUCGGCAGACCCUUCAUUCUAAAUAGAUUAGUGAUCACGAAAAUGCCGGAGCCAGCUCGUGACUAUGUACCAACCGAGCUAGUUGUAAAACUGCAAUCUGUAAGUUUUAGUCCUGUACACAUUAGAGCGAUAUCACCAUCUGAGUUAUUAGCGGAAUGGUUCCUGUGUGGCCCAUCAGACACAUUAAGUCUAAUCACCGGCUUCAAGGCGGCUUAUAUGAGUGUACCAAUGUCUAGGUGCAUAACAUCUGGUGCCAAAAGCAGUGGAUUUUACAUCAAGGAAAGUAUCACCCAUUACUCAAAAAUGGAUCAUGAUUCAUGUACUUAUAGAGAUGAGUCUGUGGAGAGUUUGCUAGAUUCCUACGAUGACGACCUCACUCCAUGUAGUUUGCUAGGGAUUUCCAAACAACAAUCUCUUGACUGGAAUCCACCUAGUUUCCUCAAUGGUGAAGCAUUUGAUUACUACGUUCAUUCAGGUGUGAACUCCACAAAUGUGAAAAUGGCUAUUGGUAAUUUACGACCUUUUAUGUGCUACGCCGUUCGUAUUGAGGCAUUUGUAGAUCACCCAGAUCACAACAGAAUUUUUGCACAGAAAAGCCAAGUCUCAGUCUCUCUUACACAUGACAGCACCCCAACAGGUGCACCACAAGUUACAAAUGUCUAUUGGCUCAAGAAUGGAACUGUUCUGCAACUGGACUGGAAUCCUCCGAAUGAAUGGGAGCGUGGUGGUCUUCUCACGGGAUACUCUCUGAGGAUUUUGAGCACUGCACCCAAGCUUAGUCGUACCGUCAACAUGGGUGCUGAGAAAUCUUCUUUCCACAUUUAUAAUCUUGAUCCAUCGUCCAAUUACACGUUAUAUCUAUCUGCAGUAACCUGUCAUGGUGAAGGUGUACGGUCACUACCAGUUUACAUUUUUGCUUACCCCACACGUGGUCAUUUUCCAGAGGCGAGUCUACACUCAUCUCAUAAUCCAAUAAUAGAUCCAAAUCAAUUUGAAUCUGGGAAUUUUUUCCGGAAAGUUUUAUACGACGGUAGAAGUUUUUAUCCGGGAAUAUCUGCAUCACAGACGCUUGCCGACCACACGAAUUCUAAACAUACUGGUGUCUAUGAGGAAAAGUUGAGCCUUACCCGAGAACCUUGGUUUAUAGUUAGUGCAGUUAUGUUCAGCGUGCUUUGGGUGCUCAUUUGCCUUGGUCUUAUCAUAUGUGGACGACACAGGAAUGAACGCCAGCGGCGCAGGCAUGGUGUUUUGGAUGUUAUGGAUGUUGAAAUAAUUGCCAAAAAUGGACGCCUUGGUACUAGUGAUUCCACUCAGGCUGCAGGUACAGUUUCACCUUCGAUGUACAUGGGCGGUUUCAUGGCUUCUACAGAAGCAGAAGCAGCUUCGCUUACUGUAGUAGAUCCUCUUUCUGUAAAUGCGGCCUUGUUAUCUGACAGAAACCAUACACCGAAAUCAUGCAACCCUGUAUUUGGUGACAAAUCCUAUGCGAAUGGCCUUGCUCAUGCAAUGAACGCACCGUAUUCUGUAUCUAUAAACCACACGUUUUCUAUGUCAGGUGAUGGGAAUUUACAGUCAGUACCUGCAUAUAUACCACAGUAUCCUCUUGGUACUCAGAUGCUACCCACAGAUAUUUUGAAGAAUCAUCCAUACAAUAAUUCAAGUACUAUGGUCCCAAAUAUCUCAGCUAGUAGUGGUGGUCAAAUGUUGCCCAGUGGUAAUCACUGUUCAUCAGAUCUUUUGCAAGGUAGUGGAACUCCUAUUUUACCAAAUGGAUGUUUAUCUCUAGCCCUCAGUCAUGGUUCACAAAACCAAGCAGCUGAUUUAUCUUCUGAGGACCAUGCGACACCCUAUGCUAGUGUAUCAGUUAUUCAACAAAUGGUGUUUGAUCAUAUGCCAAUGGAUUAUUCCGCUGUUCAGCAGGGGCGCGGUAAACAACUUUCACUUGCAGAAAUCAUACCUCCUCCUCCAGAUUAUCCACCCCCAUCACUUCCUUCCUUCUCCCCGGUUCCACAUCACUUUACUAGUUGGUCUUUAGGUGAGGCACCUUGUUCAGGUAGCGGUGAAGAUUCAGCCUAUAGUGAUUUCCAACAGUCAUCUCAGCAUCAAGGUGGUUGUGGUCCAUCUGUUUCUAAUCAUAAUUGGUUAACUUCGCAACCUGAAAGCAAUAGUGCUCUUCCAACGUCUUCACACUCGUUAUCAAAAACAAGUGGUCUGUCAUCUGAAUGGCCUAACCACGAAAGCCUCUCAACACCUCAUUCCACAGAUCAACAUAAUUUAUUUGCUCAUCAUCCCUCAACAUCUUUAUCAACAAUCCAACCGUCACAUGUGGCAUGUUAA